AUGGCGCUGUCUAUUGUAUAUCCGCCAAACGAUGCAGCCACGGCGCCCGCUGUCGAUAUCGCGGCCGUCCACGGUCUCGGCGGUAAUGCCAUCAAUUCGUGGAUACACCCCAAGUCGAAGAAGUUCUGGUUGAAAGACUUCCUACAGCAGACCCUCGAUGCCUGUAUCGUGACUUUCGGCUAUGAUGCCGACGCCGCCUUCGGAAAAUCGACAGUGAAAGUGAUCGGCCAUACCAAAAGGCUGCUGAGCAGCUUGGUGGACAAGAGAGAAGAGCCGGAGGUGUAA